GGUGGGCGCUGGCGGCGAAAUGCUGGGCGUAGUGGAGCUGCUGCUGCUAGGGGCUGCGUGGCUGGCCGGCCCGGCCCGCGGGCAGAAUGAGACGGAGCCCAUCGUGCUGGAGGGCAAGUGCCUGGUGGUGUGCGACUCCAACCCCACGUCCGAUCCCACGGGCACAGCUCUGGGCAUCUCUGUGCGCUCCGGCAGCGCCAAGGUGGCUUUCUCUGCCAUCAGGAGCACCAACCACGAGCCGUCCGAGAUGAGUAAUCGCACCAUGAUCAUCUACUUCGACCAGGUGCUAGUGAACAUCGGGAACAACUUUGAUUCAGAACGCAGCACUUUCAUUGCCCCGCGCAAAGGGAUCUACAGUUUUAACUUCCACGUGGUAAAAGUCUACAACAGACAGACCAUCCAGGUGAGCCUCAUGUUAAACGGGUGGCCCGUGAUUUCAGCCUUCGCUGGUGACCAGGACGUGACCCGGGAGGCCGCCAGCAAUGGAGUCCUAAUCCAAAUGGAAAAAGGCGACCGAGCAUACCUCAAGCUGGAGCGGGGGAACUUGAUGGGGGGCUGGAAGUACUCGACCUUCUCCGGAUUCCUUGUGUUUCCCCUCUGACUGGCUCAUAGCUGGAAUGGAGGCAGGGAGAGGGCCAAGGCAGGAGGAAGGCAGAAAGGGGAGUGAGAAAAAGGCUGAAAUUACGAGGGCGAGAAAGCGGCACGACUUGAAACUUCCUACGUGUGCCCUAGCUGUGUCUGGGUACAAAGGUGCGCACGGCGGUCGGGCAACUUCGUCCGUUUCCUUAUUAGGAGAAGUAAAUUUCGCUUAGCUCUGCGCACUCACAUUUCCAAAAAUAAACUCGCCUCCCUCGUUCCAGUUGCAGUAAUCAAGAAAGAGACUGCCUUGUCAUUGUUUCUUACCCCUAUGUUCACGGUCCCUGCAAUUUAUUUAUAAGAAACUUUGUAUUUCACUAUAUAAUGUGAAAUAUCUCCCUAUUCCCUCUCUGAUUCCAUCUACCUACUGAAAUCUAACAUGCCCCCCUCUUUUUUUUAGUUUACAGAGGGGGUAAGGGUUUUUAUUUUUUGGAUGGGGGAGGUAGUUUUAAUUUGGCAAGUGUUGCUCUUCUUAAAACACUGCUCAAGAGUUAAUUAGCUGAAGAUACUUUGUAUCCUCGGCUGCUUGUUAGCCAGAAAGGACUCACCUUAGUGGUGACUGGUUUAAAAACAACAAUAUAUAUAUAAAUAUAAAUAUAUAUCAUUUGUACACGAAGAACUCUUCCCAGUGGAAACUGGCUGUAUUUCCGUAUUUCUAUGUCCUAUCCGGAGUGAAUUUGAAAUCUAAGGCUGCUUGAUGUGCUGAUGCUUGUCAAUGCCCUCGUGCUCUGUGGCUCCACUAAACGCCAAGGAGGUUCUACCGGACGCUUCGUCGUCCUCUGUAACAUACGUGUGAAUACCCGAGAUUUAAUUUUGCUUUAAUCCAAUAAAGUCAAAGUGGGACUUUUAUUUUUCUGAAACAGCUUUCUAAACUCCGCAUCUUCCCCAGCUGCAAGGUUGGGGGUUGGGGGUGCCGAAGAACAAGGUUCAGAGAGGCAGGAGACUUGGGAGAAAGCAAUCAGAGAAAGGCCAAGAGCGCGAAGGCGUCAUUACAAAGCCGGCCCUGCACUCCUUCCUGCGACAGGCCUAGGGCCAGCCCUGCAUUCUCCUGUGCUCCCUCCUUUGGCGCAGACGUGAGAAAUUUGGCCGAAUCCUGCUAGGCCGGACGCGGCUGCCGGCCUGGGAGCGAAGUUUGGGUUUUUCCUAUUCCAAAUGCAUCAGGAAUAAUUCCAAUUCGAGGACCGAACCAGCCUGCCUUGAGCAGCAGCCUCCCCAUGCCUUCUGUCCCUGGAUGUCCCCAACCCUCGUCCGCACCGCAGUUCCCGAAGCAGCCUAUGUCUUAUACCACCGCCUUUGAAUCCGGAGUUCACCCGCCGAAUUACCCAGGCGCCCAGGACCUGUGAUUGCGCUCAUUCGCAGGACUUUUAUUCAAGAGGUUCGUCCAGGAGUUUUGAUUGUAUCGGGACAUAAUGUGAAAGCAAAACUGAAAUAAACGACUUCAUUUUAAGUCUGGAA